AUGCGCCUGCUGGGGCUGAAGGAUACUCUCCUCAACGUGCUUGACUCCGACGGUGAGGAAGACGACAUCGAGAAUGACAGAAAGAAAAAUGAAGAGGUAUAUGCAGAAAUGAUACAGUUCUUGGACGAUAAAAGCCUGUCGCUAAUAAUGAGAGAUGCUACCGACAACGGAAGAAAAGCUCUCCAGAUACUGAGGGACUAUUAUGCAGAUGCACUUUGCAGACGGAAAAGAAAGGACAACGUCAAACAAGCUGCUGAAGACGAACAGGGUAAAGAAAAUGAAUAUGCCUUCAAGAUGAGCGACUCCCAGGAAAGUGGAUGGAACCACAGAGGGCUUAUGGUCGACACGGGAGCAACGUCGCAUAUCGUUACGGAUAUCGGGAAGUUUAAGAAGUUCGACAACACGUUCCAGUCUGAGAAGCACUUCAUCGAAUUGGCUGACGGCACCAGGGCAAACGGUGUGGCGCUCAGGAGGGGCGACGCGGAGGUGAACCUGGUGAACCGCGAGGGAAAGCGAGUGAAGGCUACACUGAAGAAUGCGCUCUUCAUCCCGACAUAUCCUCAGGACAUUUUCUCGGUAAAAGCAGCAACGACCAACGGAGCCUCGGUUAAGUUCAAGCAAGGAGAAGACGAACUCAUCCACGAGAGUGGUACAAGGUUUGACAUUAAAGAACACAAUAGACUUUAUUACUUGCAAGUCUUUACCUUUUAUCCCGGGAGAGUGGUGGUGGUCUUUUGGAAGGGGUCACAUGGCUACCUUCUCCAAGAUGCAACUGAGGAAGCCAAGCGUUGGAAGGACCCCUCUGUCUCUCUGAAGGACAAGUCAGCACCCAUAAAGGAGGAACAGAUGAGGGCAAGGGCGCGCACUUUGGUCCGUGACAGAGGGGGGGAUGUGUCUGACCAAACGGAGGUGUUGGGGGAGUAUAUUUUACAGUUUGGAAAGUAUAAGGGGAAAUUGUUCAGAUGGCUCCUUGAGAAUGAUGUGGGGUACACUCUGUACCUCAUUAAACAUUUUGAAAAGGAGCAAACAGCUGGCGUCCCUCUGGAUGGGCCCAGCAAAGACAGCCUGCGGUCUUUUGUUGGAUAUGCCACUUCCUUCAAGGAAAUCAAGGCAGUGCUGCAGUACGAGGCCAGGAGGACGGUGGCUGUCAGCUCAGUGGAGGAGGAUCAACAGGUUGGCUUUGGCCGCAUGCCGACAAGGACCUGGGGUGACGUCUGGGAGGGUCGGGCAGAUGGCUUUGCAGCAUUCGUUCUGUCCCAGACCACCACUCCAGGAACUAGCAUGGACAAACUGAAGCGGUACCUGACGAAGAAGACCCAGGAGGCAUCCAUGUCCUCGCCUCUGCUCGCCUCCAGCCAAGCCGUGGACAUGGAUGAAGAUGAAGACCUGGAGCAAGCCAUGCUGGACAUCUCCCCCUCCAAGAUGGUCAAGCAGGGCUGUGCAUCUUCAUCUCCCAGGAAUAAGAGACCAGCACGCCGAGGUCUCUUUGCAUAUCAGUUCUUAGGACCAAGACAUGACUCUUGGUCAAUGUUCAUGCCACGUUCCUGGCCUUGAUCAAUGUUCAUGCCACGUUCCUGGCCUUGUUCAAUGUUUAUGGUGUUCUGCUGUUCAAAACUCCAUUCAUGAAUUUACACCCUCUCCAUCGUUGAUGGUAAGUGUUUUUUUUCUUAUACUCUGCAUGAUUCCCAUUAUGAAUUUACAGGCUCUUC